GCGCACGCUUUUAACGGCACAUUUACUGGCAUUCAAACAAGUGCGAACGCAAUGGAUAUAAGUGUCGCAUUUGUGAUGCAUCUGCUUUUUGUGCUUAUAUACAUAGCAUCGCCAGGAUUGCAAGUAGCCGCCGCCGCCCAGCUAAUCGAAUUACAGCCCAUCAGCAGCGGCCCCACUGUUGCUCCAUUGGGCUGCCAUCGGCGCGUGUACACAUACAAAGUGACCCAGUCAGAUUUACAAGGACGCGAGUGCUGGGAUUAUGUCAGUGUCUGGAGUUGCUGGGGCCGCUGUGACUCCAGCGAAAUUUCUGAUUGGAAAUUUCCCUAUAAGCGUUCGUUCCAUCCAGUUUGUGUACACGCGCAGCGGCAGCACGCUAUGGCUGUACUAAAAAACUGCCAUCCAGAUGCAGACGAGAGCAUCAGCCGAUACAACUAUAUGGAGGCAGUGAACUGUCACUGUAAUACUUGCUCGACGCAGGAUACGAGCUGUGAGGCACCGUCCAACAAUGUCCUUGACGAAAAGACCGGCGUGAAAGUAUUGGCACUGACCGGCGCCGAUUCUGUCGAUUUGGACUAUUAGGCGUGACAGUUUUAGUUGUUGCUGCUGUGCCCACAACCGAUAAAGGUCGCGUAAUAAACGAUAUAUAGUACAUACAAUAUACAUAUACAUUAAGCUUAUAAAUCUUGCAAUGGUGCACUUAAAGCAUAUAUUUAUUUAA